AUGCAGGCCUCGGAAUUGGCCUCGCCCCGGGUCUCGCAGAUGCUCGGAGAGUUGUCACACAUAACCAAAGAUGUCAUGCUCGACGCCUUUGACACGUAUUUUCUCUACUGCCACAAUAAGCCAUACCAUGUGUGCGAGCCCAAUCUAUUCCGACGCAAACUUGCACAGGGCCAAAUCCCGGUAUACUUGCAGCUGGCUCUGCUCGCGUCGGCCAUCAGAUACUCGUCCCACCCGCACUGGAAAUGGCAACGACAGGCAGCCAUUGACAAUAACGCUCGUUAUUCAUGGGCGAUGAUCAUGUCGUCACCCGAAGCACUUACAGAUGUUUCCGCAAUACAGGCUCUUGCAUUACUAACUAUUGUGGACGCGAUCGCUGGUCGACGGCGUGCAGCCUGGGUAAAGAUCGGAAUAGCUAUUCGGGUUAGCCAGAGUAUAGAUAUGAUGAUAGAACCAAGCGCCGAUCUCCCAGAUGCAGAGAAAAAUGAGCAAAGACACAUCUUUUGGUCAUUAUACAUGCUAGACCACUUCGUUUGCUGUUCCUUCCAACGCCCUCCGGCAAUGAAAAAUUCGGAUUGCCUGCUUUAUUUGCCUGCAGAUCUACAACAUCAACCAACAACGCCGUUGACAUUGAACGCCUUACUUGACGUUAACAAUGCACACCCGGUGGGAAAUACUACGCUUGGUCCUGGGUGGUUCGGCAUUAGUGUUGGGAUAGUAGCCGUACUGGGAAAAGCCGUUCGAUGCAUGAUGAGCAAUAGUGAAAGCGAGAACGUGAGUCCAUGGAACGCUGCGUCCGAAUACAGCUCAAUCCACGCAAGCCUUGACCACUUCCGCAACAUAGCGUUCAGCGAAGAAAGCACCAUGCUUAAUCAACUCGGGGGCGGGCCGAGUGUAAAUUAUGAGCGGAGUGCACAUGUCAUCCUUUCAUACGUCGUGUAUCAUCUUGCCCACUGUAUUCUGGAUCACCCGUUCCUUCGAGCUAUCAAGACGCUACGAUCGCAGCAACACUCCAAUAAUAAUGUACCCCCAUCAUCAUGGGUCGCAAAGUCAUUAGCCUUUUCUUUAGGCCAUGCCUGCUCGCUAACAAAGCUAUUAGUCGAUGCCAAGGCUGCUGGUUAUGUGCCAAUUCCUUCUUUCUAUAGUUAUUGUAUGAUGGUGGCUGGAAGUAUUCAUGCGUUGAAUUUUCAUAGCAGCAGCAAUCAUGCUUCUUCGUCCGAAUAUCUGCAAAACUCGAUGCAGUAUUUUAUUAACCUGGCCGACAUUAUGCAUGAAAGCCCUACGCUGGCUGACGGGCUAAGAAUGUUUGCCAAUGGAUGCAAAGGGUAUAGCGACCUCUUACUUUCCUGCGACAAACAAGAUGUGGGGAUCUUAUCGCCAUCAGAUACGACGAUCCUAAAAAGCAUGGUGGAUUAUUGGGUAGUGAUGAACCCCAACAAUCUUAUUUCAAGCCUACAACCAUUGCAACUCGAAAGCGAAUUGCCCAAAAACUACGACAAUACUAGUAAUAAUAAAGGUCUACUUGAAGCCAUGUCCGAAACGUCGCCAGCUUUCAUGCACAGUCAGCAAUAUCUGCCGGAUUCUAUUGAUGAACACAUCUUCGAUUCGGCAGAACCAGAAGGGCUAUUAGGAUUCGAAGGAGCAGCUGGACUUCCCCUCAAUGCAGAUGAUUUUUCAGAUUUUUUACGGGCUACACCAUUGGCAAGUCCAAGUCCAGGCUCAGGGAUAGGGACAGGCGGCGGGGGCUCUUUUUUCGGUGACAAAAAUAGGGUUGAGUGA